GGAAACAGGUUUUGCAACAGUGAGCUCUCUAUGUAAACAAAGCUUUCUGCGCAACGUUUACCUGUCUAAAUUCCUAUAAAUAUUAUUUUGCAACGUGUAUACCACAGUCAAUAGAUUGUUCAUAGUUAUAGAUGAUAGUGAUAGUUAUAUUUUGCAGCUUUAUCUCGAUAGGAUGCUGGUUAGCAAAUGGAAUGACUAAUGUGGAAACGUUUGUUGAAUCUUAGCUCAAGUUUCUUUUUAACCAGUGAUGGGAGAAGCUUAUUUCAAGUUGUUGUGUAUUAUAUAUAGCUAUAUAUAAUGAUCUGCUAACGUUAAUAUAUUCAUGUAGGUUCUUAGAAUAACUCUAUAAGACUUAAGUCUAUAAGUCUACUAUAAGACUUGUUUUACUUUCAAAAGGCUGAAAUGUAUGGAGCUCCGGUGGAUUUUUCAUUCAAAAGCCUUAGUUCAGUGGCAGAUGCACUGAACGAGGAGCCCAAUCACGGACUGCGGCCAGUGAGAAAGAACUCGGAGGAUAAGUUCUGCAGCCGUUCGCUACGUCUCAACAACAAUUUCCUCACCGAACUGAGUGGCCUUUGUGAAACUGUCAAACACUACUUCUCUGAACCAGCUUUGCUGUCCUGGCUGGACCUCUCCUUCAACGACAUAUCACACAUAAACGCAGUCAUCUGUGAGCUUCCAGAGCUGCGGGUGUUGUAUCUCCAUGGUAACAGCAUCUGUAACCUUUCAGAGGUGGACAAACUAGGAGCCUUGCCCUUCCUGCACACACUCACCAUGCAUGGGAACUCUGUAGAAAACGAGAAAGGCUACAGGAGGUAUGUGAUUGCAGUUCUGCCUCAAUUGAAAAAAAUUGACUUCAGUGCUAUAACACGCCAGGAGAGAACCCUUGCUCAAGUCUGGCAGCGACCUGUCAACCGUGGCCAAAGCGGUAGGAAGGGAACCUGACCUCUAUCCAUGGAAAGGCAGCGAGAGAACUUGUGCAAGAAGUUCCUUGAUCCCAAACUCAAGCUGGGAAGCUUUUAAAUAAAUUAUCAUGUCAAUUUUGUUUGAUGAAUUGUAUUUUCCCUUUGUUGUGGUGAAGCUAGUAGAUGUGUGCAGUUUUUGUUUCAUUACAGAACUGCAGAUAACCAGAACUACUACUUUCACUUCAGUUUCUCUUUCAUCUCAAAUUUAAGAUCACACAAACCAAAACUUAUUGUUUAAAGUCUUUAAUGCAUUAAUCAAUAAAUUGGGAAAAUGGAUUAACA